UGACAUUGAUGUCACCAGCUUCACUUUCACCGACCUGGCUGCAACUUUUUGAGCCCUGCACAAGACUUCAGAUUAUUUCCUCUCAUCGAAAAAUCGAGAAACGACACGAUGGCAAAUGAAGCCAAGCCAUGCCCCUGUGAUAUUGGUGAUCGGAUGGACUAUGGGGGGCUGGGCGAGGAGGUCCAGAUUGAGCACACCAAGGCUUAUGUAGUGAAACCAUCCUCUGAAUCUGACAAAGCCAUUAUUGUCAUACAAGAUAUCUAUGGGUGGGAGCUUCCCAACACCAGAUACAUGGCUGAUAUGCUGGCUGCAAACGGAUACAUUGCUGUCUGUCCAGACUUUUAUGUUGGGAAGGAGCCCUGGAGUCCAUCACAUGACUGGUCCACAUUUCAGGAGUGGCUUGAAGACAGAAAGCCAACCAACAUCAACAAGGAGGUUGAUGCAGUGCUGAGCUACCUGAAGGACCAGUGUGGGGCCAAACACAUUGGAGCAGUGGGCUUCUGCUGGGGAGGGGUUGCCACACAUUACCUUGCCCUGCAAUAUCCAGAGGUCAAAGCUGGAGUGUCAGUCUAUGGAAUUAUCCGUGAAAGAGAGGACAGGUAUGAGCUGAAGAGUCCGACUCUGUUCAUCUUCGGGGAGAAAGAUGAGGUCAUCCCUCUGGACCAGGUUAGUGUCCUUGAAGCAAAGCUGAAGGAGAAAUGCACAGUCGAUUACCAAGUGAAGAUCUUUCCUGGCCAGACUCACGGGUUUGUCCACCGCAAGAGAGAGGACAUCAACCCCACAGACAAACACAGCAUCCAGGAGGCCAGGACAGACAUGCUCAACUGGCUCAACAAGUACAUGUAAAUACAAAAGGUCAGACAGAGUAGCGCAGGGAGUACAAGUUUCUACACAUACCAUACAGACAGGAUGACAACCCGAAAAUGUAAAUGUAGACGUGCUAGUUACAGCAGGCUGAGAAUGGUGAUGGUUAGUCAUGAUUUUUAUUUAAUUGGUGACAUUCCAGUUGUUUCUUGUACAUUUCAUUUUAGAGGGUCUGUAUGUUCACAUAUGUAUAUUAAGGAACUGAAUUGUUUUGCACUUUUCUCUUGUGCCAAAAACAAAUGUGGUUGCGGUAUGUUGUUUUGUUAACGUAAGAUCGCAAGCAGUAAAGAAUGUUCAGACUGUGGUAACUGUGAAUGACACUUUUUAUGCAUCAGCUUGCCAACUAAUGUAAAUUGUCAAGUUUUAGAAGACAUGUAAAGUUCAACCAAAGUGGAAUACACAAAUAAAGAUGUUACGUAUUAUCA